AUGUCUGGAAAUCCAGGGCUGAUUCCGGGCCCUGGAGGUCCUAGCCUAUUAUGUGGACUCCCUGUAGACCCACAAACAGCUACGAACGUCAUUCAGCAAUGUUUGGUUACGUUGAGUGGAAAUCCUACGGAGAAGGUUGCUGCCGAAGCUGCUCUAAAGUUGAGUGAGCACUUCGAAAUCGCGUUUGAAAUGACAAGGCAAUACCGUCUACCGCAAAGUCCAGAAUCCAUGCCUUUGUCGAAUAUUCUUCGUUCGAUGUAUCAAACCGCAACGUCUUGCAUCCCGGACAUGUACUUCGCAAAACCGACUCUCACGGUUUCAGCCAUCGGGGAAGUGUCUGUGGAUAACAUUUACGUCGCCACAACAGUGACUGUGAAAUCUAGCAGUGAAGGGGGAAAGCCAGUUAUCCUUACUUGUCUUCCUAAAUGCAGCCAAAGUUUGAAGGUUUUGUCGGAGAUUCCCUUGUUUUUAAUACUAAUUUACCAGAUGCACCGAAACCUCAUAACUCAAGAAGGAAAUUUUAUCAUUCCUGAAGUCAUCAAAGCGGUUGUGACGUUUCCGACGAAGCAACAAAGGGAAAGACCGGACUUCAAUCAUGACUUGUGGACGGAGAUUAUCCAUGCGCAAGUGAAAAGUCUGACUUUCUUGUGCUAUAUCGGAAGGAUGUAUUCAAAUUUGAUCAUGAAGCAUUCAGAUGAAAUUGUUGAAGCGUUGAUGACGCUGCUUGAAGUUUGCCCUCGACAUCUCACAAGUCUUCGCAAGGAGUUGAUCGUCAACAUGAAGCACUUAGUCACCACGGAUGUUCGCUACAAAUUUGUGGCAGUGCUUCACAGACUAUUUUCUGAUUUCGCCAUCUCCGGGGAUGGCUGGACUUCUCGGGAAGCAAUGAGACCAUUAGCAUAUUCCACGCUUGCUGAUCUAGUUCAUCAUGUGCGAACGAAGUUGAGCACAGACCUGAUCACAAAAGCAGUGCAGCUUUUUUGUCGUAAUUUGCAUGACGACACGCUCGCCACAGGGGUUCAGAUGAUGUCUGCUAAAUUGUUGCUGAACUUGAUCGACCCGAUCAGGAUGAAGGCGGAAUCGGAGCCCAUUCCUUGUCGGAAGCUGUUGCUGUUUAUCAUGCACGCAAGCGUUGUCAAAUGCAGAACCCUAUCGGAAGUGCAUUUGCCGAUUUUGCUUGCCAGAGAGAAGUCAGACGAGCUCAAAAGCGGUUUGUCUAAUGCUGCGCACGAGUAUCAAACACUCGCACUCGGUACGAACAAUACGCCGAAUGGACUCACUGUUGGGGAUACUAGAGGUCUCAUUAGAACACUCAUUGCAACUAAUAAAAGUGCUACUUGGGGACUGUGUGGAUUUCCAAUGCCCGCAGAUGGAACUGUGGUUUUAAACAAGCAGUUCUCAACGAAAGAAACGCUGGUCCUCAUAAAGGCAGUGAAAUGGGGACUAAUGGCGUUGGAUGUGUUUUUAUUAUCUGGCCCGAAUGCAGUUGGGUCUGCACGAGGGCAAGGUGGGCAGCAGCAAGUCGGAAGUUCUCCUGUUGUUCGCACCAAGGAUGAGAAAGAAAUUUUGGAAUAUUUCACGAACAUGUUCACUGUGAUGAAUGCGAGUACUUACAAAGAAGUUAUGGAAGCUACUAUUGAAGACAUGGUGGAGCGAUUCGGUGCGAAUCCGGGCUUGCAGAUGGUUGGGCAUACUUUUCUACUUACCCAGCAUACGUCCCCUGUUUUUGCGUCAGUUUUGCUGAACUUUUUGAUUGAACGUAUGAACCGCUUGGGCUGUGAAGCCUCGAGCAAAAACGACGAAAAGCUCACCGGAUCUGGACGACGACAGGAUCCAGUGGAACGAGCCACGUUGUACCUUCGGUUGUUCAAAUUGGUGUUUGGUUCGGCAUCUUUUCAUCCUGCUGUGAUAGAGCAGAUGUUGCAGCCGCAUCUGCAUAGAAUUGUGAAAAAUACAUUGGAGCUUGCUCUGACUGCGAAAGAACCCUACAACUUUUUCCUUCUGCUGAGAGCCCUGUUCCGUUCGAUCGGCGCUGGAUCGCACGAUCUAUUGAAUCAGGAGUUUCUUCCCUUGUUACCGUCGCUUUUGCAAGGUUUGAAUGGGUUGCAAAGUGGCUGCCACAAGCUCUACAUGCACGAUCUGUUCGUUGAGCUGUGUUUGAGUGUUCCAGUACGGCUUUCAUCACUGUUGCCGUACUUGCCCAUGCUUAUGGAUCCGCUUGUUUCCGCGUUGAAUUCCUCUCAACCUUUGGUCGAACAAGGACUGCGGACUUUGGAGCUGUGUGUUGACAAUCUACAGCCGGAUUUUUUGUAUGAACACAUUCAGCCUGUGAGAGCACAGCUGAUGCAGUCUUUAUGGAAAACGUUGCAAAGUACUCAAAAUGGAACUGCGAAAUCCGCAUUUCGGGUUCUAGGAAAAUUUGGCGGUGGAAAUCGAAAAAUCCUUGUCGAGCCGCAACGAGUGGAACACUGUGAAAAGGAUCCAUUCUCCGGGCCGUUCAUCGAUAUCGAAUAUCCCGGCUAUCAGCGAAAAGUUUCUUUACCAGUGGAACGGGCUCUGGAGACCGCUUACAACGUUCUAAGAUCUGCCUCGGUGGACGAGCACUGCAAAACUCAAAGUUGGGAGCUUGCGAGAGGCUUUCUUCUUGGGUCUUUCGAUGCAACUGAGGGCCUCAUCGCUGUGAACAUUAUUCUCAGUCGUGGUUCGAUUACAGAGCUUUUUAGGAAUUUGCCGAUUCCGGAAACCAGGCCGUGUCGCUCAUUUUCCAUGUUAACUCCGCGGCCUCGAGGUGAAGGAGGUGAUUCAAGAUGGCCCGGUUCGAUGGCAAUCCCCUCUACGUAUCGCGCACACCAUUUAGCCAUUGCGUGUUGCUUGGCUGCUGCUGCGAAUAAGAAGAUCGCACCCUCUGCUCUGCCGGUUUUGAAAGGAAUUGGAGUACAUUUGACAUUGGUUACGAUUACAAAUCACCUUAGAGGCACGAGUGAAAUCAUGCCGGAUGGAACUGACCCCAUGGUUCUAUUCGACGUAAUCUCAGAAGUCAUGGCUGCGGAUGACGAGGAGUUGCGGAGGCCCGCCAGAUUCGUGUUGGAUUUGGUGUUCAACACUUCGACCAUGCUCUUGGGAUCUCCUUUAAGGGUUGUCAAGUUACCGUUUGUGGCAUAUUUUGCGGAAGCUCAGUGCUAUUUAUGCUACGAGAGAGCGUGGUACGCAAAAGUUGGCGGUUGUUACGGGAUAAGGUAUUUGUUCCGUAGACUUCCGCUGAGUUGGACUCUACGACACUUGAAACAGUUCUUGGGUGCCUUGACAUUCGUGCUGUUCGACCUAUCUGGAGAGGUAUCUAGUGGUGCCUUGGAUAUUGGCAAAGAAGUUUUGGAUGAGAUGUUGACGAAAGCAGCAACACCUCUUCCCGGUGAAAUGGAAGACGUUGCUCGCGCACAGGAAAGCACUGUCGAUGAAAUUUCGCUCUCUGCCCUACGAGUUCUUCGUGAAAAGGCUAUUUCGGAUGUCUAUGCCGAACUCGUGAAGAACUUCAUUUCAUCCAACGUUAUCGUCAGAACGACAGCAAUGAAGAUGGUGGAAAAGUUGGCAGAAAUUCGUGGCGAAGCAGUCAGAAAUAUAAUUGCGCGACAUCGGAAAUCCCUGGCUGAUCAAGUGCCACCAAAAAAAAGUGUACUCCGGCAAUUCGAUCCAGCAGGCCAAACCGGAAUUUUGGAAGCAAAUCUGUUCUGUGCCAAACUGACGCCCCCCGUCAUUUCUUACGAUAAGACAGAGCAUGCAUACUUUUUGGAAGAGCUUUUGGAUUUGUGCGAGAAGGAUGAAGCGCAGCUGAUGAAGUCGCCAUGCUAUAAGAAUGCUGGAUCUUUGCUUGCUGUUCGCGUUCCCGCAGUGAAAACACUGGCAGCGCUUUAUUACGUAGAUGUUGAACUCACGCGUUCAAGGCUCAUCCCAACGUUUUACCAGAUGCUUACGGCACAGAAUACACCGGAAAAUCUGCGCGAAGCAGCUCUUGAGGCUCUGGAAACGAUUGUAUCACACGUGGCACCGAAUGAAGCUUGGAUUUCAGCUGUAACGAAAAAAUUGGUAUCAGCUGUGCAUGAUCAAAUGCACCUGUCAGUGGCGUGCGUGGAAAACCUGAAAUACGCCUGUCGUCUUUUCCCAUCGUAUGUCCAAGAUUGGGUUCCGGAUAAUUCUCGUCGUCUGGGAGAGCAAAUGCUGCAGAACCUUAAAAAGUGGCUGGAAAUAUCAAUUAUUGCGCAGAAGGGUGGCGUGUCUGUAAGGUCAGGUGCGGAAUGGCAGCUGUGCGUUGCCAUAUUGGAACUUUACGAAUAUCUGGUUCAUAUCAAUGAGAAAUUCGUGGAACCAGCUUUCAAAUUAGUGCAGCAAACUGAGAGGGCUCUUUGCGUCGAAGUGGGGUCGCCUUUCCGGCCCGCCUUGCUCAAAGUCAUGCUUAGAUUCCCGAUGCAUACAGUCAGCUUGUUCUUGUGUGACAAUUUCCUGAAGGAUGACUCCUGUUGUCGCUGGUUCUUCUAUAUUUUGAAAUCACCCAAAGGCCACAUCUUCAGAGAAAUUCUCGAAUCCCCGAUGUUCGUUUUAAAGCUGAUCUCAAUUGCCCAGGGCCAGCAUCAGCCCCUGAGUGGACGCAGUCCUGCCCAAGCUAAUGUCCAGAAUCCCGGAGACCGUGUACUUCUACAAUCGAUGGCUGUGAGGAUCGUUGCGACGCUCGUGGAAGAGAAUGAAUUAUGGAUUGUUCAACAACACGAUUUAGUGGCUGCGUUGCAAGAAAUUUGGUUGUCUGACGAAUUCCAUACGAGACAGGCUGAUGACAUCGGAUUAGGAGAAGAUCCCGAACACUGGCCCGAAGGACCAUUGCUUGCUCGAGUUUUGCUAAAAUAUUUUGACGGUAAUCCUUAUGACUCCAUCGAGCUUCUUUUUGGCUUGACGAAAGCAUUCCUCGUCCGUUCAACUGCCAACUAUCAUUUCCUCUUGGAGUACUUGGAAGAAAACGUGGCUGGUCAAAUGCCUGUGAUGUGGGUCCGAGCCGCGUUUUUCAAGUUUGUCGAACUCAACGCGGCAGCUGCGCAUUGUGUGGUGGAUCUGUCCGACCCUGCUGGCAAGGAUUAUCCAUUCCUGCACUUGCCUGAAGCUCGAGCAUCAAUCAUUUAUCGGAUUUUGAUGCCAUGUUUUGCGCAUUGCUUUUCUAUGGGGCAAACCGAUGCGCUCGUUGGACAGCCGCCGUCUCCGGAGUCCACCUCGGAAGAUGAUAUUCUGGCGGUUUAUGUCAAUAGAGUGGACUGCUUGAAAAUUAUGUUCUUGCAGUUCAGCGCAUUGCUGGUGGACAGUGCCCCAGAUCAUAUGCAUGAUCCCCGUUGGAAGAAGCACGGAUACCGUCUGCGUCGUCUGAUUACGUUUGCGUGGCCUUCUCUAAUGGGUCGUGAUAUGCAGGAUCCGACUGUCAAAUAUUGUGGCCACUUAUUCUUGGCCACUGUUGCAAGAAAGAAAGCCGUGAACAAGAAAACGGUGCUUCAGUUAUUCCAUAGUUUGUUGAAGGCGUCGGCAGGCGAUGCAAGGUCGCUGGUGCAGAAAUGCUUGCAAAUUCUGACUCCAGCGAUGCCAUAUAGGAUGGAGGAUGAUAAUGCCAUGCUCGCGCAUUGGACGAAGAAGAUCCUGAUGGAGGAAUGGAACAACUUGUCUCAGUUGUCACACAUUCUGUACUUGAUCGUCAAGCAGUAUAAAGUAUAUGCAUUGGUUGAGAAGCCGUUUGUUCCGCAUAUGGUUCAGUCAUUAGCAAGAAUUGGGCUUGGGCCAAAUGCGAAUAUGGAAAGCAAGAGGCUGUCAAUUGAUGUCGCUGAUGUCAUUCUUCGUUGGCAUCUAAUGAACAGCCCGAACUGUGGCGAAGAGGGUACACUUCCCUUACCUGAAGACUUGGGUAAUUUGAGUGAAGAAGAAUAUAUGAAAAUUGUCGAAGAAGGACUUGGCGUGACGUUGUCCGGCAAAGGAAUAGAGAAACAGCAUGCAGAAGCAGUGAUCAAUUUUCUGCUUCGAUCGGCUUGUUCGGUAAUUGACGUUGCAGCCGGGGAGAUCCUUUCAAAAAGAUGCCUCAAUCUUGCUAAAAUCGGGAUCGGCUGGUGGCCUGCUGCCGAAUUGAAGCUCAAUUGGAUGGAAAAGAUUUUUUCGUCCGUUGCAAAUAUUGACCAGCAGAGCGCUGGAGGUGCAGGUGCAGGAUUCACUAGCAAUCCCCAAAUGAUCGUGUAUGCCGUUUGUGUUGGUUUGGAUAUGUUAACCUAUUUGUUCAGUGGACCGAUGGAAGGAAGUCCAGAUAAGAUCUUGCAAAUCGUGGGACCAUUGCAGAAAAGUCUGGCGGUUUGUUUAGCGUCGUCAAAUCAAAGGAUUGUUUACGAAGGAUUGAGCACUCACGAUAAGACGUCGAAUGCCCCGCAAGCAACGUCGACUUUGCUGAGUGCUGUGCUGAUUUUGAAAGCAGCGUGCUCCGGAAAUCCGGCCUACCUCGACCGCUUGAUAUCCACGUUUAUGCGCGUUCUUCAGAGACUGGUUCAGGAGCAUUUAGCUGUCCAGGCGCCGAACCCUCAGACAAAUUAUUCCAAUGAGCCUGGUAUUGCGCUCAUUUCGGAAAUGAUUGUUCAUGGCAUCGAUCUUGUGAAGGCGCGAGUGAAUGUGCUGUCUUUCGAGAUGAGGAAAGUGUUCUUCAGCGGAGUGUUGAACCUGUUGAUCAAUAAAUCGAAGGACGCAAAGAUUUUCAAGGCCCUGAUAAGGAUGACCGAGGACUGGGUGAAAAUGAGAAUAAAUCUCGAAACAGUUGAGGUCCCUACGGUGCGAGAAUUGGCUGUUGUACUCACCCGAUUACUAUUCGUGAUCGAGAGCAAGUUUGCCUCGGAUAACGAUUUGAAGGGACAUUUUUUGGAACUUGUCCUCUUGAUCUAUGAAUCCGAUGUGUUUUAUGGCACAGAGCUAACGAGCAGACUUGAACCCUGUUUUCUCUGUGGGUUGAGGAGCAACCAGGCAGAGCUUCGGCGUCGGUUUUACCAGGCUUUCGAAAACAGCGUGAAAAAAACUUUGUUAGAUCGGUUGAUGUUCAUCCUUACAUCGCAAAACUGGGAUGGAAUCGGAGACUACUUUUGGAUUAAAGUUUGCAUCGACCUUCUGCUAACGGCCGCGACACCUGACACAACUGUCCAGCUGCGAAAAGAAAAUCAGUUCAUGUCUCCUUUGGCGCAGUUUAUGAGCAGCGGAGAGGAGUUCAGCGUUUCGUUAGAUUUAAUUAACGACUUGGACGUAUCCGUCUCUCCUGAGGAUCUACAAGCAGACAUUGAAGACCUUACGCGUGGGUUCGAAGAUCAACCAUUGGAACCACGGGAGAAUUUCCAGAAGCUUCUAGGCGACCAAAUCAAGUUCCUUAUGCCUGCUGCUUUGUCUGAUCUACGAGAUUUUCAAACGAAUCAAGUCAUGUGCAAAGGGUUGUGGCUCAGUGCUUUGUGUGAUCUAUGUCGAUUUGACACCUCGCUUGCUGACCAGAUGUGGAAAGCAAUGUUUCCUAGCAUUUGGGCUGCGUUGGAUAAUGAUCAGAAACUCAUCGUCGGUCGAGAACUGCUUCCAUUCGCAUCUAGUGGAGCCCACAUUGCCCAGAAAAGCUGCCAACCGUCUGCGUUAAACUGCUUCAUGUCUGCUGUUCUCCGUUGUGAACCGAGUAUUCCCGUACCUGCAGGCGUCAUGUAUUACUUCGGAAAGUCGCACAACAUGUGGCAUGAUUCAAUGUUACUUUUGGAAAAUGAAGUAUUCGCGGAUCGAGAAACCCAGAAAUUUUGCCUCAAUCAAGUGCGAGGAGACGCUUGUUAUGAUUUUGAUGAAGAGUCGGGGGACUCGGAAGAAGUCGAGGCUAUUCCGAAUUGCCAUCCACUGCAGGAUUCCUUGACGUCGUUGGCUGCUCUGUACCGUGAAAUGGGCGAGGAAGAUAUGUUCGCAAGUUUGUGGCAGCAACAAAAGGCGCAGUAUGCAGAAACCAAAAUGGCUUUGGCCUACUCGCAGCACGGUUGCUAUGAACUCGCCGAAGGAGCAUUAGAAUUGGCGAUGUGUCGGAUGAAGUCCGAUUUUGCAACCAGUGCAGCUCCUCCUCCGAUGAAUGCGGAAUUUAAGCUGAUCGAAGAAGAAUGGUUCCGAGUCUCGAGGGAGAUGAAUGAGUGGGAUAUGUUGGUGGAGUUUGCUUCGAACAUUGAAUGCGAAGUGGAUCCAUGGAUUUCGAUGGAAGGCGCUUGGAAAAGCACCCCUUCGCAUGUGAACUGGGACUUGGCUAAAGUGGCGAUGAAGCGCAUUGAAGCUAAAAACAACUCCAAGUUGGAAUGGAAGGCAAAAAUUUACGAAGCCUAUUAUCAUUUGUUCAAUCCGACGGAAAAACAGCCAGCACUCGUGGAGAAACUAGUGCAAGGAGCAACUGAAGCCGCUAUCACUGAAUGGCGCCGGCUUCCUCCAAUAGUUUCUCAUUCCCACGUUCUACUUCUACAAGCAUCUCAACUGAUCACGGAGCUUCAAGAAUCUUUUAUGGUAUACCAAGUUUUGAUGCAAGGUGGUGCACGACAGAACGGCGCGCCGCUAUCUACGUCGGCUGCGUUAAAUGAAAUUAGGGCAAUCUUGAAGACUUGGCGAAAUCGAUUACCUGUCCGAUCAGAUGCUUUGUCUCAUUGGUCUGACCUGAUUAGUUUGCGUCUCGUCACUUUCCAGUUUCUGUGCGAUGCUUCGUCGCAUGCCAGCGCGGGAGGGUCCCCGAACCCCGUUGAUAGUGCUGUUGGUGGAAGUGUCGCUCUAGGCACUGGGAAUGCUGCUAUGGCAAUGCUCACAUUUGCGAAGAUGGCGAGGAAGCACAAACAGAUUGACUUGUGCGUGGAAUGGAUUGAGAAAAUGUCAAAUUUGCCAUCCCCUUCAAUCAGUGACAGUUACCUCCGCGCAAAACAACUGUACAAGUGCCAUUUGAGCUGGGGUGCUUCUGGAAAUUAUCAUGACUUGAAAGAGGGAUUGGAGGCACUGAUGAACGCAGGCCAGCAGUAUUACGAUAAAACAAUGAAGGCUGAUCUGAUAGCUGAACGAGGUCGAUUUCAUCAACUCCUCGGGGAACUAGAGGAUGCUGGAAAGCAGAUGUCCACUGCAGUACAAAUACAUGACUCUCCGAAAAAUUGGUUCAUCUGGGGACAGUUUCACGAAGAAAUGUUCUUGAAAGACACGUCCAAUAUGGAGUUCGGUACCUCGGCGAUGGUUUGCUACCUGCAUUCCGCUAUUCAGAUCGCCGACCCAAAGGCCCGUCGACCGUUGUCCAAAGUACUGUGGCUGCUCAGUUAUGAUAAUGAGAGUUUGCAAUUGGGAAUGAACAUGGAAAUGUGGGUGAGCGAGAUUUCACCGAUGGCCUGGUUACCGUGGAUCCCGCAAUUGCUCACUUGGUUGCGAAGAAAAGACGGGAAGUUCGUCAUGUCAACAUUAGCCAGAAUUGGAAGGGUUUAUCCGCAAGCAGUAUACUUCCCAGUUCGCACAUUUUUCCUCUCCUUGAAGAUAGAGUUCAAAAAUCGUCGUGAAGCGGAACUUGCUUCAAAAUCUCCUGCUCACUCUGAAGGGGAAACAAGUGGCGAAGUAGGCCAUCAACCAGCCACGCCACAGCCGCAGCAAAUUCUGAGCAAAAACACGAAUGCGAUGUUGCGGUGCUCUCGAAUAAUGCAUUCACAGAAGGAAUUACAUCCCACAAUUCUAGCUGCUUUUGAAGUGCUGGUGGAGCACAUUCGAACAACCUCAACGAGGGAUGGUUUGGGCGAAGAAGCACUCCGACAGCUUCGGAUUGUUCUUACGCGUUGUUACCACCACGCUUUCGACAACAAAAUGAAUAUUCUUGAAGCUGCUCUUCCUCUGGAAGUUCAGGGAAACCUGAAGCGAAUUGUACAAAAUUUAGCUGCUUCAAUCGAUGUGGCAUGUGUUGGAGCGUCGCCGAACAAGGACGACACGAUGAAAAGCCCGGUUCGAGCAGCCGUCUCUCAUGUUUCUAACAUACACUUCAAGAAAACGAAAGACGACCUGCUUGCUGAACCGGAGUUCGCUGAUCCUACCAAUGCUAAACUCUAUCCAACCAUUCUCAAGAUGAGGAAAUGGAUCGUGAAAUUUGAAGCACUGAACAAAUCUUUCACGAAGUCCUUGCUGAUCGACGACAGGUGCAAGUUUCUCUGCAACUGUAAUCUAAAUACGGUUGAGAUGGAGUUGCCGGGAGAACAGCUGAUUCCGAAACCGUCGAAUUACGUCGUGAAAAUCGCACGAUUUUUGCCGCGAGUCGAAGUCGUGAAUAGAAACGGGAUUUCUGCUCGUCGACUGUUCAUCCGCGGCCACAACGGGCGCGUUUAUCCGUAUCUUGUCGUCAACGACGCAGGCGGAGAAGGUGCGCCACAAGAAGACCGAAUAAUGCAGUUGCUGAGAUUCUUUAAUUAUCCAAUGAGCAAACACACAGAAACUGCCAAGAGGUUUUUAGCCUUCACGGUCCCGAAAGCUGUUUCGGUUUCGCCAAAUUAUCGGUUCAUUGAAGAUAAUCCCACAUCGGUGUCGCUCUACGACAUAUAUAAGCGAUGGUGUGCAGAGGCCAAAGAAGACGAAAUGGAACCGGUGGACAAAUAUUACGAUCGUCUCAGAUUCUUACAAAGUGAAGGAAGAGACGUGACAAACGAAACGUUCAAGGAACUUCUAAUUGACGUUCAGAGGGAUCAUGUGCCCAAAAACGUAUUACGUAAAUGGGCUUUGAAGACUUACCCUAAUGCCUCGAAUUACUGGACAUUCCGACAAACGGUCAUAAAAAGUCUUGCUUUGGUGAAUAUGGUCGAAUGGGUCUGUUUCCUGAAGAGUAUGGGUCCGGAAAAUAUCCACUUCUAUCGCGAUUCUGGAACGUUGGUCUGCAGUAAUCCUAAAUUUGAUAUUUCCGAGAGCACUGGUGAGCUUUCGAGCACACAUCCAGUUCCUUUCCGCCUGACUCCUUCGUUUGUGGAUUUCUGCACCGAAUUCGGAAUCCAUGGACCGUUUGUCGCCAGCAUGAUCGCUGCUGCUCGGAGUAUUGCCGAGCCACACCAUGCCAUGUCUUCUAUCAUCGGGGCAAUUUUGCGUGAUGAUAUCCUGGCCUUCGUGACGAGGAAUCAUCCGGAUCCCCCGGAACCGACCGAUGGAUCUACUGACAAGGACAGGGAUUUGCCUUGGGCUGCUCAUCGUGACGAAAUAAUUUCGUUAUUGACGAAGGCAAACAAUGCCGUGUACUCACGUUUGGGAUCUCUUGCCACUUUCGAAGGCAUGGACAGCAAGGCGUCUUCUCUGGUGACAGCUGCCGGAUAUGUUGUGAUACGAGUUUAUCCUCUACGAAUGUCGCGUUCGUCGCUCUCCGCGGCGUCAGGCCAUGGAUCGAAGAAAGUAUACAUCGGCGACCUUCCGUAUAAGGUCCAGAAAACCGUUUGCGAGUAUGUUGAUGCUGAUAAAGAUGCUUGGCGCGAACUAGUGAAGAAAGAAUUACACAAGUAUCUGGAAUGCGAAGAUUUUACUGUGGUUCUGAAACAACGCCAGAAAUCGAAGCGGGAGGAUGAUGACGAAGAAAUUCCUAGUUCAGCUAUGUACUUACAGCGUCGGGAUAAUAACACAGAAGGAGGUAAUGCUCUUGCGAAUGACGUUGAUGCUAAUCGGAACGAUCUGAACGCCUCUUCUGAAAAGAAAACCGUAGAAAAACGUGUCAACGAUCCCAAUAUCAGAGCAGCUGAUGCUCGCUUUACUCGCACUGACAACGGCUUGGGAUCUGGCGUUGAACGAGGGACAAUAUCCUCGUUUCAGGAAACGAUUGGCAAAGCAUUAGAUGGACUAAUCAGAGUUGACGUCAAGGAAAUACAAGAGGCUACUGAUUAUUUUUCAAACGAAAAUAUUGUCGGUCGUGGAGGCUUCGGUACAGUUUUUCGUGGAGUUUGGAAGCACACUCCAGUCGCCGUAAAACGUAUUGACCCUAGAAACCAUGCUGGGGACGCGGCAGUUGCUGAAGCAACUUUGAAACAGAGCCUAAUAGAAUUGAAAACGUCGAGCCAAUACAAGCAUCCUAAUAUUCUGCAGUUGUACGCUUACGCGUUUGACAGUUCCUUGUAUUUUGUAUUUGAAUUCAUGCCGAACGGAAGUCUCGAAGAUCGUCUUCUGUGCAAGAGAGGAACUCCUCCAUUAGAUUAUAGAACGAGGUUGAAUAUUGCUGUUGGAGUUGCCGCUGGGAUUCAAUAUCUGCAUACUGUGAUUCCGAGCAAACCCUUGAUCCAUGGUGAUAUUAAAAGCGCAAACAUAUUGUUGGACGCCGCGUUUCAGCCAAAAUUGGGGGAUUUCGGACUCGCGAGAGAAGCGCCGGAUUUAUCGGAAUCAGAUAUGACGCAUGUUCAAGUUUCGCGUGUUCGUGGAACGAAACCGUACUUGCCAGAUGAAUAUUUGAAAGACAAGGACUUGUCGCCCAAAGUUGAUACCUACAGCUUCGGAGUGGUUUUGUUGGAGUUGAGUACUGGAAGGCGAGCUUGGGAUGACAGAAGACUUCUCCGAGACUGGGUUGAACAGCGAAUCGGAGAACAACGAGUCGUUCCUCCAGACGUGCUUGACAAAACUGUUCGCCCUGAAGGCAGGGAUCGAUUGUUCAAACUUCUGAAGCUUGGUUUGCAAUGUGCUUCGCGGAAGAAAGUUGACAGACCAUCUAUGGUAGCUGUCUACGAAGAGCUUCGUGAUUUCAGUGCAAUGCAAGAUCGAAGAACUAGGCAAAUUUCCUUGCCUGGUUCGUCUGAGCUGGAUCGAAGAGGCCUUGUCAGUCCGCAUGAUCAGCAAUUUUUUGCGGAGUUGCAUAGACUCUCUGUUGUUCGGAGCCCGCAUCCAGUCAAUUGGGGUCUUUCGCCAGCUGGAUCACUUGGAGGAAUGCCAACUGGCGGUUCAGCCAGUCCGUAUGUCUUAUCAACCGCGUCAAUCAACUCUCCAGUUAAUGCGUUUGUUGGACGACCGAAUUUGAUAUCUUCUCCGACUAGAAGCUCCACGGAUCCGCGAUUGCUCUCUCGACCUGGUGUCCCAAGUGGUUUUGUUGGUUCCGGUUUGGCGAGACCCAUUCCGCGUUACCAAGGUGCCUUCGGCCUUCCAAACUUUCAAGCGCCUGGAUUAACUCCUGGUGCGAGCCCAGUCAGCUGGCUGCAUUCUCCAAAUGCAAAUGCCACCGCUUCCACGACUCUGUCAACGCAAUCCGGCGUUGCCGCUGAACUGCAAAAACCUCUAAUUCCCACGGUCGUUCCUGAAAUUCUUUCGAUGCCGGUUCCGGAAGUUAAACCGAGCCCGGAAGUAUCGCCAGUGAUUCCGGAUUUCAGUGCCUUGAACAUCGGUGGAGCAGCCGCAACUCCUGCCGCUCCGAAAGAAGAGGCAGCGUGUCCGGUAUUUUCCGUUGUUCACAAGCUGAAUCUGACCAUGAACUGACCGCACCAUCGAAUAUGCUCUGCUAAAGCUUGUCAACCUGUUUUCUGAAUUUUUAGCUACGGUAUUCCAUGGGUGUGUCGGCUUUGAAUUACUUAUCAAGAAACAUUUGUUUGUAUGACUUGAAUGGUGCCCGAGUGGCCCGUAGAUGAGAGUCGCCUGCUUAAUACUGUACCAUUAAUUUUCUCGCUCUUCAGGAAAACAAUUUUGUAUCUAAGGUAUAUAAUACAGUAUAUAUAUAUUGUUUAAAUAUAUACUGUAUAUACAUAUAUAUGCAGUAUAUAUAUAUAUAUAUAUAUAUAGUAUAUAUGUAUAAUAUAUAUUGUAUUGUAUUGUAAAGAUAUACAGUAUUGUUGAAAGGACUCUAUAGCAAUAAUCAGGGGACUACGAAAUAAGUACAUGAAUAUUGAUGAAGGAUCUCUCGGAUCAAAAGAAAAAAAGAAUGCGGCGAGGAAAACGCCGUGAAAAGAAAUUGGCUGAAGAUAUUAUAUUCUAUGAAUCAGUUCAUGGUACAAUACUUUUGUAUACAACGGGUCGAUUGACGUAAUUAUCAAUUGACUUGUGUGAUGCUGUAAUUUCUUACAGAAGCCGAAUUUUUAUCGGCCCAUGCUCACUGUACUUCUUUCCGGGGACAAGUCAAUGGAGACUCAUGGUGCUGGUCCUACAAAUGAUAACGGGGAUAGUAGCGGUAGCAGCAGUACCAGCAGCAGUGAAUAAGGAAUAGCACUGGAAAGGAGAAAGCAUCCGCGACGUUAUUCUAUUGGCGGUCAAAUAGUUUCAUACCCUUUUUGCCGUUAAGAUGCCCCACAGAAUUCGCAUUCCAGCGUGACUUCAUGUACAAUAAUGUUAAAUGUGAUUCAGAUUUUUUGGAGGUCUUCCAAAAUACUCUCAGGAGCACAUUAUUUUAGAGCAUGAACUUAAUUGGACUGUGAUGUAAAUCUGUAGAACGUACACUUCGUGUAUGUCUCAUGGUCGCCAAAUCUUUCCAGUGCCAGAAUGAAACGGAAGUGAGAGCUUGUUGAGCGUCAUUCUUUGAAGGAAGACUUCGGAUUUUAUUGCAACCGUAUGAAUAGUAUUGAAGGUUACUGGAUUGUUCUCGGUGCAUUCCAGGUUGUCGGAUGAGGGACUUGAAAUACAUGUACGCUGUAUUUUUAUGAAGGA